AUGUCCAUAAUCUACCACGGCAUAAAACGCGCGCCGAAAAUGGGAUACCUCGCGAUGCAAAAGAAACUUUUGAUGCAGGAAAUGGUUCGAAAAUCAUCCUCCGGAACGAGUUCGUUACGAACAGAGACGAACGCAUUCGAGGAAACAUUUUUCAUCCCACGCGAGAACUGGGCGACGGUAGAACCGGAAACGAUGUCCAACGCGAUCCCUGCAAUUGCCUCGUGCAUCGUCGACGGGCAGUUCGCGUUGUCGGCAAAGAAAGAGUACAAAACCUUCCCGGAUCCGAUGGAUAAAAACCAGGAUUCGUUCCUCUUGGUACCGGAGAUAACGAGAGAAGAGUUGGGACAUUUUCUACAGUCGAGAGUCGCAAAGACGCCGAAAUCAGGCGCACACAACGCGUUUAAACAUCCAGAAAGGUAUUUGAAAUAUGGAGAUGUUACUAUGAAGCUAGCAGAGGCGUUGAGAGAUGCAUCAAACGUGACGUAUUUUGCGAAAUUGAUACAACGCGUCGCUCCGAAAUCGUACGCUCAAGCCGAGGCGGAAGUCGUGGUGACGAGGAAGUUUUUGGAGAAUUUUACCGGGGAUAACGUGAGGUUUUUGUCGAGAGGGUUUUCCGUGCCUGGAGACCACACGGGUCAGACGAGUUUCGGGUACCGAUGGCCGUACGGGAAGGUGUGCAUUAUCACGCCGUUUAACUUUCCGUUGGAAAUUCCCGUGUUGCAAUUGUUAGGCGCUUUGUACAUGGGCAAUCGAGUGUUGUUACACGUCGAUUCGAGAGUGUCGAUCGUCAUGGAACAGUUUUUACGAUUAAUGCACGCGUGCGGGAUGCCCACUGAAGACGUGGAUUUGAUUCAUUGCGACGGGCAAAUCAUGGGAGAGUUACUCGAACAGUUGCAACCUCGGAUGACGCUGUUCACGGGAUCGCAAGGCGUCGCCGAACGAUUAGCGCUGCAGUUGAAAGGGAGAGUCAAGUUGGAAGACGCCGGCUUUGAUUGGAAGAUUUUAGGUCCGGACGCGAAGGAAGAGGAGUUACAGUUUACCGCGUACCAGUGCGACCAAGACGCGUACGCGUGUUCCGGACAAAAAUGCUCCGCGCAGUCGAUUUUGUUCGCGCACGCGAACUGGAUGCGAUUGGGCGUCUGCGACGCCAUGGCGUCGUUGGCGAAGAAGAGAAACUUAACGGAUUUAACCGUCGGACCGGUGUUGACGAAAACAACCGAGCAAAUGUUGACGCACGUGAGACAAAUUUUAUCGCAAAUCGAAGGGUCCAAAGUCUUAUUCGGCGGAAAAGAGUUGCAAAAUCACAACAUUCCGGAACGGUACGGCGCGAUCGAACCGACCGCGGUGUUCGUACCUCUGAAAGAAAUGAUGAAAACCAGAGACAACUUCGAGUUGGUCACGACAGAAAUCUUUGGUCCUUUCCAAAUCGUCGUCGAAUACGACGAUUCAACCUUACCAGACGUGUUAAAAGCCAUGGAAAAGAUGGAAAAUCAUUUAACCGCGGCCAUCGUGAGCAACGACGUCGAUUUCCGAAGAAAAGUGUUAUCAGAAACCGUCAACGGAACCACUUACGUCGGGAACCGAGCGCGAACGACGGGUGCGCCGCAAAACCACUGGUUUGGCCCGGCUGGUGACCCUCGCGCCGGUGGAAUCGGCACAAAAGAAGCCAUACAGUUGGUCUGGUCGUCGCACCGAGAAGUCAUCGUCGACGAUAACGAGAGCAAAAAGAACUGGACGCAACCGGCGCAAUCGUAA